ACGGUUAGCGAAGAUGGAAAAGGAAAGAAGACCGUCCUAAAAAAAGAUGCUGUCUCGUCUAUUUUCAGUGGUCUGGUAAAACACGCUCCCGGACUACUUUAGGAAGCAAAGAAAAACGCAAGGAGAAUCAUCCGUGGAACCCAGGAGGAAACGUCGGAGAAAAAUCUGUCAGCAAUGCGAAAGGAAGCGUGGUGUCAUCGAGAAACUACCAACUGAUCUUCAGGAAAAAAACAGCACAGUUGAAAGAACUUGGAGAUACAGAGUCGCAUUACCAAAAUGAAAACCAAAAGCGCGAGCAUGCUAGCGCCUUGUAGGAAGAUAAACUGGACGUGCACGUCUGUUUUUCUUCUGAGAAUUUUCGUUUCCAAGACGAAUAUAUUCGGUUUUACACUGGUAUCAUAUCCUGGGAUGAAUUUUUACAUUUGUUUUUAGCUAUAUAAAGUCGAGAUGUAACGAUAUGAAUUGUUAGAGAUCAAAUGUUAAAGUAAGUGAAAAUCACCAGCAUGAGUUACGUCAAGGGAGACCUCGUGCAUUGUCAAUGCUUGGUGAAUUUUUCUUGACUCCCGUAAGAUUGAAACAUGCCUUUGCAGAGGAGCAUCCAGCUUAUCAUUUUAAAAUAUGUAGGGCAACACUUUCAAAAAUGUUUCUGUCUUGGAUUAACUUGUUAUUUUUUGAAUUGGGAUCCAUUCCCAUCUGA